UUUUUUUAUGUGUUGUAUGGCUUUUUCUGCAGCAGAUUUUUAUCUCCAAAAGAUAUUUCAGCUGUCAGUCUGGGCAUGCGCAGUUGGUUCACUGUAAACACGUUAAUGUUAAUGUAAAGUUUAUGAAGUAGAAUCUUUGUCUCCCUGUCAUCUUUCCAAUUGUCUCUUCCUCUCUUUUUGUCCCGAGUUGGACGCGCCAGGACGCGUGGUGCGUAAUGGACACAGAUCCAUAACGUCUUGUGCUUCCUUCUCUUCCUCUCCUCGCCGCCGUGUUCCCGACACGCUGGGAUGUCUCGAGAGUCCAGAGAGGAGGAGAGAGGGAUGACAAUAAACCGUUUGAGUCACCAUCUGAGGGGACGGUACGCGACAGAGUCACAGAGUGGAGGAGAGAGGGAGCUGGUGUCCUUUACGCGCAUUACGCACAGGUCUCUGCAGCGCGUCCAGAGUUUGCAGAGGAGUCAGUGACUGCUUGAGUGUAUCUAAAUGUUUGAUUUGGACUCCAGUUUUAUGACUUCUCCCUCUGUGUGUCUGUGUGUGUCUGCUCCCGCGGGUUUGGAGCAGGUGUUUGCUUCCCGGUAACCGUUCCUCUCUCGGUGCACUCUCUGGCAUCCGGACAUGUCGGGACAGAAACCGUCCCUGCGGAGCGGAGACUCCCCCCAGAGCCGCUUCCAGGUGGACGUGGUGACAGAAGCGUCCUCGGCAGGUCCCACUCCAGCCCCUGCUCCGGCCCCGGCCUCCACAGAUGGAUCCAAGCCGCCCGAGGAGUCCAAAGGCCGGUUCCGGGUGGUGGGCUUCCUGGACGCGGGCGCGCUCGGCAGCGCCAUGGACAUCGGUCUCCCGCCUGAUGUCUCCCACGAGCCGGACGCGGCGAGGAGCGACUCGGUCAGCCUCCACUCCACCGGCACGGGACACACGCACAUCUCCGACUCGCACUCCAACACCUACUACAUGCGGACCUUCGGACACAACACCAUCGACGCCGUGCCCAACAUCGACUUCUACCGGCAGACUGCAGCGCCUUUCGGGGAGAAGCUGACCAGGCCGUCGCUGUCGGAGCUCCACGAUGAACUGGACAAAGAACCCUUUGAGGACGGUCUGGCCAAUGGAGAGGAGCCAUCGGCGGCCGAGGAGGCGGCGGCGUUGGCGGCGAAGGAGGGGAAAGGAGGAAUGGUCAAGUUUGGAUGGGUCAAAGGAGUCCUGAUCCGCUGCAUGCUGAAUAUCUGGGGUGUGAUGCUCUUUAUCAGAAUGUCUUGGAUUGUGGGACAGGCUGGAAUCGGACUGACCAUCGCGAUCAUCGCGAUGGCCACUUUGGUCACCACCAUCACCGGCCUGUCUACGUCGGCUAUAGCGACAAACGGCUUCGUACGAGGAGGUGGAGCAUACUACCUGAUCUCCAGGAGUCUGGGACCAGAGUUCGGAGGCUCCAUCGGUCUCAUCUUUGCCUUCGCCAAUGCUGUGGCCGUGGCCAUGUACGUCGUUGGCUUCGCAGAGACGGUGGUGGAGAUGCUUAGUGAUGUUGACGCUCUGAUGACUGAUGAGCUCAACGACAUUCGUAUCGUGGGGACUCUGACGGUCAUUCUGCUGCUGGGAAUCUCUGUCGCUGGGAUGGAGUGGGAAGCCAAGGCUCAGAUUGUCCUCCUGGUGAUCCUCCUGGCAGCCAUUGCAAACUACUUCAUAGGAACCUUCAUGGCAGUAGAAAGCAAAGAGCCCAAAGGAUUCUUCGGCUACAACACUGCCAUCUUUUUAGAGAACCUGGGUCCAGACUUCAGAGAGGACGAGUCGUUCUUCUCGGUGUUUGCCAUUUUCUUCCCUGCAGCCACCGGGAUCCUGGCCGGAGCCAACAUCUCCGGAGACCUCACAGACCCUCAGUCAGCCAUCCCUAAAGGGACCCUACUCGCCAUCGUCAUCACAGGAAUCACCUAUGUGGCUGUCGCCAUCUCUACAGGCUCCUGCAUCGUCAGGGACGCCACUGGCGACCACAACGACACGGUGAGCGACACGGUGAACUGCACCGACGCCGCCUGCACGCUGGGCUACGACUUCUCCAUCUGCAAGGAGGGAGGCUGCCAGUACGGCCUGAUGAACGACUUCCAGGUGAUGAGUCUGGUGUCAGGCUUCGGUCCUCUGAUCUCUGCAGGGAUCUUUUCAGCCACACUGUCGUCAGCUCUCGCCUCGCUGGUCAGCGCACCCAAAGUCUUCCAGGCUCUGUGUAAGGACAACAUCUACCCAGGGCUGGGUGUGUUUGCAAAGGGUUAUGGGAAGAACAACGAGCCUCUGCGGGGUUACGUCCUGACCUUCUGCAUCGGCCUCGCCUUUAUCCUCAUCGCCGAGUUGAACAUCAUCGCUCCCAUCAUCUCCAACUUCUUUCUGGCUUCGUACGCACUCAUCAACUUCUCUGUCUUCCACUCCUCGCUGGCCAACUCUCCAGGGUGGCGUCCCAGCUUCAAGUACUACAACAUGUGGGUGUCUCUGGCCGGGGCGAUUCUGUGCUGCGUGGUGAUGUUCGUCAUCAACUGGUGGGCGGCUCUGGUCACGCUGCUCAUCGUCCUCGCGCUCUACAUCUACGUCAGCUACAAGAAGCCCGAUGUGAACUGGGGUUCGUCCACUCAGGCUCUGAUCUACAACCAGGCUCUGACUCACUGUCUGAGCCUCACUGGAGUCGAGGACCACGUUAAGAACUUCAGGCCACAGUGUCUGGUGAUGUCUGGCUAUCCGAACUCUCGCCCUGCUCUGCUGCAGCUGGUGAACUCCUUCACCAAGAACGUGGGUCUGAUGGUCUGCGCUCACGUCAGGACGGUGACCCGGCGGCCCAACCUGAAGGAGCUGUUCCAGGAGCACGCCCGCUGCCAGCGCUGGCUCAACAAGAAGCGCAUCAAGGCCUUUUACACACACGUGUUCUCCGACAACCUGCGGCACGGAGCACAGUUCCUCAUGCAGGCGGUGGGUUUAGGUCGUCUGAAGCCGAACACGCUGGUGAUGGGCUUCAAGACCAACUGGAGCGAAGGAGACAUGAGAGACGUGGAGAUCUACAUCAACACCAUACAUGACGCCUUCGACCUGCAGUUUGGAGUGGUGAUCCUCCGUCUGCAGGAGGGGCUGGACGUCUCUCACAUCCAGGGACAAGACGAGCUGCUGUCGUCCCAUGAGAAGCCUCCGGUCGGGAAGGAGCUGGUGGUUUCUGUCGGUCUGGAGAAAGACUCGGAUCAGACUCCAGCCAGCAACCAGAGCAGCCCGCUCAUCCUGAGAGACAUCAAGUCUCCUCUCAGUCUGACCGACCAGCGUCUGCUGGAGAGCAGCCAGCAGUUCAAGAAGAAGCAGGGAAAAGGAACCAUCGACGUCUGGUGGCUCUUUGAUGAUGGAGGUCUGACUCUCCUCAUCCCCUUCCUGCUGACUAACAGGAGUAAGUGGGGCGACUGCAGGAUCAGAGUUUUCAUCGGAGGGAAAAUCAACCGCAUCGACCACGACCGACGAGCCAUGGCCACGCUGCUCAGCAGGUUCAGGAUUGACUUCUCAGACAUCCACGUCCUCGGAGACAUCAACACCAAACCCAAGAAACACAAUAAGCUGAGCUUCAAGGAGCUCAUCGAGCCGUUCAGGCUGAAGGAGGACGACAUGGAGCAGGAGGCAGCGGAGCGACUGAAGACCCAGGAGCCCUGGAGGAUCACUGACAACGAGCUGGAGCUGUACAAGGCCAAGAGUAACCGUCAGAUCCGGCUCAACGAGCUGCUGAAGGAACACUCGAGCUCAGCCAAACUCAUCGUCAUGAGCAUGCCUUUGGCGAGGAAGGGGACGGUGUCCAGCGCUCUCUACAUGUGCUGGCUGGAGACUCUGUCCAAAGACCUUCCUCCUCUACUGCUGGUCAGAGGAAACCACCAGAGUGUCCUCACCUUCUACUCCUAACACACACACACACACACACACACACACACACACACACACACACACACACACACAGUAUUAUUCUGCCUGCAGCUGCACAACAACAGAAAUAUCAUCAACAUCAUCAUCAUUAUCAUUAUUAUUAUUAUUGUGCUUAUAGUUUUGUGUGUCAGAUCUGAAACUUUCCUGCUGUGAAAAGAAAAAAAGUCACAUUUUGUUUCCAUUCAGCUUCAUUUUUGUCUCAUUAAUUAAUAAAUUAAUCGACUCAGUCAAAGUUUAUUAAUAACCGUCUGUAUAUUCUUCGGCUUCUGUGUGUUUUCAUGUGAACUACAUUAAAUAUUAACUUAUUUCAAUGUUAAUUUAAAAGGAUAAAAUCAUGAUUCAGAAUGUUUGCUGGUGUUCAGGUGACCUGUGAUUUUGAUGCCAUUUUUCUGGUAACAUUAUUUUGUACAUUAUUUUAUUAAAAUAUUAACUAAACCACA